AUGGUGAAGAAAAGCAAAUUGCUCAAUGCCCUUGACGCGCAUAAAGGCCGAGAUUUCGACAAGGAGCGCCAGAAAAAGCUGCAAAAAGCUGCUGAGAAGAAGAAAAGGCUGAAGGCGGGAAACCAAGUGGAAGGCGAAGCGGAGAAUGAAGAGGAAGCCAAUGCUCCCGCAGAAUUGAAAAAUGGAGAAAAGGCCAAGAAGCAACAGGUUACCAAAGUAAAUAAGGAGGGAGAAAAGCAGAAAGCAAAUUCGGAACAAGCUCAGACUGAGGUCAAUGCGCCUGACAACGAGGAAGAUUGGGAAAGCGAAGAUGAAGCUGAAGACGAAGAAGAAGAUGAAGACAUCCCCCUCUCAGAGCUCUCCGAAGACGAUAGAGCCGACGUAAUACCUCACCAACGCCUCACUAUCAAUAAUUCCGCCGCCAUACGAGCAUCUCUUAAGCGAAUAUCCUUUAUCAACGAAAAUACGCCUUUUUCAGAACACAAUUCCCUUACAUCCACAGAGCAGAUGGACAUACCUGACCCCAAUGACGAUCUCAAUCGCGAGCUAGCAUUCUACAAAGUGUGCGUAUCAGCGGCGGCUGCGGCGCGGAGCUUAUUAAAAAAGGAAGGCGUCCCUUUCUCUCGACCAGCGGAUUUUUUUGCGGAGAUGGUCAAGACCGAUGAGCAUAUGGGCAAGAUCAAGAAGAAGCUUUUCGAAGAAGCGGCUGCGAAGAAGGCUAGCGCCGAAGCAAAGAAGCAGCGUGAUUUGAAGAAGUUUGGGAAACAGGUGCAAAUUGCGAAACUGCAACAGCGGCAGAAAGAGAAGAAAGAGACGCUGGAGAAGAUUAACAGCCUGAAAAGGAAACGAAAAGCCGACGGGGGAGCUCCCACCGAAGACGAGAAUCUCUUCGACGUUGCACUCGAAGACGCCAGUAAAUCUGACCGCAAGAGACAGAAUCCCGCUGGCGGUUCCAAUUUCAAACGACAAAAGAAAAACGAAAAGUAUGGAUUUGGCGGGAAGAAGCGAUUUGCGAAGAGCGGAGAUGCCGUAUCAAGUGGUGAUUUGAAAGGGUUCUCUGUCAACAAAAUGAAAGGAAAAAAGUCGGGUGCGGCAAAACGGCCUGGGAAAAGUAGAAGAGCCGCCGGGAAAAGAUCAUUCCGUUCAUCUGGUGUUGCCAUCUGGUUCCUGGGAUCGGAGUGA